UUUUUUUUUUUUUUUUUUUUUCUUUUUUGGCUCUCCAAAUAACCCCCCCGUGAGCUUCCUCCUCAGUGUCCGCUCUCCCUUUUCCCUCCCCAACAUUAUCUCUCUCUCUCUCUCUCUCUCCCUCUCUGUUCUUCCUCCCUCUCCUCUCCUCCGCAUCUCGGUGCGCGUAUCAUAGCCUGCUCAUUGCUCGCUUUCUCUUACGUUCUCUUCCUGUAAUUUUUUCGACUUUUUCCCUGAACCCCAGAUUCGUUGGGGUACCUCCUUUGUCAUUACCUAACUUGAACGGGCACGAGUGGCUGAACCUCAACCCGCACGCUGGAGCCUGAGUUCCUCCGCCAUCGGCUGCACUUCUUUCGUCCACGUUCCCGUUACUCAAUCGCCUUGGAAUCGCUUAAUAAUUUUCCCUUUGCGCUUCUGACGCCAUCCUCCACGAGUCAUUGCCGCAGUUGUUUUCUUUUCUUUUUCUUUUCUUGGUGUAUUUAUUCAAUCUGCUGCGUGACUCGUGCGCCUUGCCGGCUCACUUUCUCUUCCGCACGCCAUGGAGUCCAGAACAGCGACGGCAGAGCCGUCCAGCAAGCGACCUCGAUCACCGUCCGGCGAUUUCCCUCCCAUCGCUUCCAAAGUCCCGAAGACACAUUCGAACCACCUGCAGAUCAACUACCUGGCGCGUCAGUAUCCGGAUAAUCUUCCUCUGGUCUCCAUCGAUGAUACGAUGCCCGCAAUCAUUCACCUGAUUGGUGAAUAUGACGGUGUCCUCCAUCGUCAUGAGAGUAUCGCUGGGAAUUUAGGCGCGUGCCCUUUGGGGCCCAUCUUGAUUAAGCGCUUUGAGCGCCUUUUCGAUGGUCCUCCCCGCGUACUCAAAUCGCACGGCAAAGACUCUCCCAACAUUACCUGGCUAGACGUAGUGGAGUUCGCCAAGAACAAGCCAGAGCAGUUCAAUCUGGAGAAGACCCGCAAUGGUGUGCGAGUCUGUCAAUUCUAUACCAAGCAGUGUCGGGUGGAGAUCAGCGAAGAAGACUUCGUGCUGAUCGCAUCGGGAAUGCCGCAGAAAAUGAUCCCCCCGCAGCCGAUUAUUGAGGAUGAGGAGAAAGAGUUGGGCGCGCUAGAGAUUUUGGAGAAGAACCUCCAACAAAUUAUCCAGGUCGCAGACCAAGUGUCCGCGCGAGCGAGACAACUCAACCAUCGUCUCAAAAACCGAAGAACAGCGAUUGUCACCCGCCGAGAGAAUGAUCUAUCCCUGCAUUCGCAGUCGCAAUCACAAUCGCAACAACAGCAGCCACAACAGCAACAGCAUCGCUCUAUCAGCCCCGUUUGGCGCGACGCCAAUGGAAGUCAGCUUCCGCUGAACGGCAGCAGUCACUCAAACACCCAGUCUCCCUCCGCCGGCUUUGUUGCGGUUAACACCGGCCGGCCCGGUGGGGAACCCACAACUGAAGACAAUGCGCUGUCGCAACAGUUCAUGUUCUCGCACUCCAACACGGAUAAUGUCACUAUCAUCAACGGGACCUCCAUCAAAGGCGCAUCUCCGACAACGCGCGCGGAGCUGAUGAAGAAGUUCUUCACUACCCAAGACCGACAAUCUCGCAGCUAUGAAGAAGGGACCGGAUCCCAAAACCGCCAGUCAUCCCGGCCGCGACCGCGAGCAUCAGAUGCGACAGAGUACAAUAUGUACACCCCUGCCCCAACUACCGUCGCAAUCCCCAACACUCCGUCAUCGCUGCUCCCUCCGCCCAAGUCCCACCACCAUGAGAAGGACGACGGCGGUCCGUUCAAAAUGGAGAUGGUUGCCCGCAUGGAGGAGCUGCAACGCGGCGAACGCAUACUGCCCCCAUGUGAUCGGUGUCGUCGCCUCCACAUGGAUUGCUUGAAGAACCUCACAGCAUGCAUGGGUUGCACGAAGAAGCAUGCCAAAUGUUCUUGGAAGGACGUGAAAGCGGAGGAGCUACAGGAGACACGUGAGCAUCGUGAGCCACGCCCCGAUCCAAUGUCACGGGAGCGACCAGAGAGUUCGACCCCGAAAGAGUCCUUGCCGACGACCACAGCACCGGCACCGAUGGCGCCAUCUAUCUCUUCCGCGCCCACACCCCCUUCAGCUGUAGUGGUACCCGAAAUUGAUCGUCAUCGAGAGAUUGAGUACAACGUGCGCAGGGAGUCCGCUCCAACAGCGGGUCCCAUACACGGUACUCCACUCGGAAAGGAGCCGUCGCCCCGCCGGGCGAUGAGUGAGAUCCGGGGGGGCUCCUUAAGUCAUGACAGGCAUAUCGGUAUCAACCGCAACACCAACCCAGCCGCAGAGGAUGAUGACCCAGAUGCCAAUCAACGGCUGAUGCAGGCAAUCCUCGACACGGUUGACCACCAUGCGCGAGCUGCAGCCGCCGCAAAAGAGGGUGGGCAACCGAUGACUGAGCGUGAACGCGAGCAAGAACGAGACCGAGACCGGAAACUGGUGAAAGCUUAGUUUCUUCUCCCCCUUUCUUACUGUUUUGUCCUUGCAUUUUUGUGGGAAAUUCAUGUCAUGUAGCAUGGUUGUGGGGGUUUAUAAGGGUGUUAUCUAAUGUGUGCAUGGUUUGUACUGCUUUGAGCGUUUUAGCGGAUAUCCCAGUAGUUUAGUUCAUCUCUUCUUGUUGGGCAUGGUGCAUAUAUGAACAGAUUGACAUGAUUCUUUGGACAACACAGCAUUUACUAUAUAAUAUAUCAGAGCUCUGGCAGGUUUUGCACGAGCUAUACAUCCCUUCCACGUCUUUAUUCAGUCACUGAAAUUCUACCGCUCUUAAAAUUUAGGAUGCUUAUGUUCUAGAAUACGAGGAGCGGGGUGCCAGAUCUGGCUCCCGUAGCCCCAACUAUACAUAACCCCACCUAACUGUCAACAGGUUCGGUGAUAAUCAGCCCAUUAUCAACGAGACCAGAAGAAGAAAAAGAUUCUCUUUGAGCAUUAUACGAACAUUCUCUUUCUCAAUGCCUGCCUGCAGAAAAAA